AUGGGGAACUCGGAGAGCCAGCCGAUUCGCAACUCCGACAAGCGGACCGCUCGGAGGGACAACGCGGAGCUAUUCAACGCUGCCAUCUGGCGCUAUCGAGGUGACGUACUCGGUCCGCUGCCGCAACCGUUCGAGGGCCCGAGUGGGGACGAUUGCGAGUCAGAGCACCAGAGGGUGCGGGUAUGUGUGCGGAGGCGGCCGCUGUUUCCGCACGAGCGGCGCGCGGGCGAGUUUGACGUGCUUUCCCGCGCCGGCAACGAUGCGAUUGUCGUGCACGACUGCCGCAUGCGGCCCGAUUGCCGGAACCUUCUCAUCAAUCACCACAGCUUCACCUUCGACCGCGUCUUUGACGAGGAGGCGACGACGGACGAGGUGUACUCGGCCGAGGUCCUCCCGCUCGUGCGGCGCGCGGCGGCAGGCUCAGUGGCCGCGACGGUGCUGAUGUAUGGGCAGACCGGGUCUGGCAAGACGUUCACGAUGGCCGGGCUGCAUUCGCGGCUCUGCGACGACCUCUUCGCCAGCCUCAGUCCGGCGGAUGAGGUCACCGCCACACUCACAGAGCUGGGCGUCGGCGGUGCGCGCGACCUCCUCCGCGGCGGCGACGUGUGCCAGGUCCUCGCAGACCCGGCCACGGGCACGGUCGAGCCGCUCCCAUGCGCCGAGGUACGCGUGGACGGCGCCACAGGGCUGCGAGCUCUCUUUGAGUACGGGGCGAGCCUCCGCGAGACAGCGGCGACAGGCGUGCACGACGCGUCGAGUAGAUCGCACGCCGUCUUUCGUCUCCACGUCCAGCGUGCGGGCGUCCCCGGGGGCUCGCUCACACUCGUCGACCUGGCCGGGUCGGAGCAGCGCAUCGACGCCGACAGCCACUCUUCUGAGCGAACGCGAGAGAGCGCGGCCAUCAACGCCUCCCUCCUCGCGCUCAAGGAUUCGGUCGCUUCGCUCAAUGGCGGCGGCGAAUUCCGCUCGGCGGCCGGCGGGCGUCACCCGCUGACCCUUCUGCUGCGCCCCUCCUUCGAACGAAGCAGCGAGGCCGGCCGCCAGGGCUCCGGCACGGUGAUCAUCGCCACCGUGUCGCCGGCGAGCAAGGACACGGAGCACUCGCUCAACACGUUGCGGCACGCGGCGGCGAUG